AUGGCUUUCGGAACUCUCUUCACCCGCGAGAACAACGCUCGCUCUACCGCCAUCCGCGCUGUGGCGAAGGCCAACGACAUCGAGCUCAACAUUGUUGAGGCCGAGAAGGGCAACCCUACCGUUGAGCACCUCAAGGCCAACGGUCUGGGCAAGAUCCCCGCCUUUGUCGGCGAGGAUGGCUUCGCUCUCUCCGAGUGCAUCGCCAUCGCCAUCUACAUCACCUCUCAGAACGAGAAGACCACUCUUCUCGGCAAGACCAAGCAGGACUAUGCCUCCAUCCUGAAGUGGCUGUCCUUCUUCAACUCCGAGGUCCUUCCCCGUCUCGGUGCCUGGAUCGAGCCCCUCAAGGGUGUCGUUCCUUACAACAAGAAGAACGUCGAUGAGGCCUCCAAGGCCGCCCUCAAGGCCUUUGACGUUGUUGAGGACCACCUCAUCCGCAACACUUACCUUGUUGGCGAGCGCAUCACCCUCGCUGAUCUCUUCGCCGCCAGCAUCACCCUCCGCGGCUUCCAGUACUUCUUUGACAAGACCUACCGCGAGGAGCACCCCGCUCUGACCCGUUGGUUCGAGACUGUCCGCAGCCAGCCCAUCUUCUCCGAGGUUGCUGAGCAGGUCGAGUUCCUCGAGACCCCCGCCCUGACCAACACUCCUCCCAAGAAGCCUGAGCAGCCCAAGAAGGAGGCCGCUCCCAAGAAGGAGAAGGAGGCUCCCGCUCCCGCUGCCGCCCCCGCCGCUGAGGAUGCCCCUGCUCCCCCCAAGCCCAAGCACCCUCUUGAGCUUCUCGGCAAGCCCUCUUUCCCCCUCGAUGAGUGGAAGCGCCAGUACUCCAACAUCAAGAACCACGAUGAGGCCAUGAAGUACUUCUGGGAGAACUUCAACUUCGAGGAGUGGUCCAUCUGGAAGGUUGACUACAAGUACAACGAUGAGCUCACCCUCACCUUCAUGUCCAACAACCUGAUUGGCGGCUUCAACAACCGUCUCGAGGGUUCCCGCAAGUACAUCUUCGGAUGCGCUGCCGUCUACGGCGAGAACAACGACUCCGUCAUCCAGGGUGCCUUUGUCGUCCGAGGCCAGGAGUACCUCCCCGCCUUCGAUGUCGCUCCCGACUACGAGAGCUACGAGUUCACCAAGCUCGACCCCACCAAGCCCGAGGACCGACAGUUCGUCGAGGAUGCCUGGGGCUGGGAGAAGGGCAUCAAGGUCGGUGACAAGGAGUACGCCCUUGCCGACGGCAAGGUCUUCAAGUAA